UCAAGUCUUUAAGAUGUUGAGAGUUUGAGAUAAUAUGUGCAACGGCGUGGGAGGAGGAUGAUCCAAGGCGUCUCGGAUGGUAGAGGUGAAGCAAUGGCUGGCCCAAGAGUUCGGCCAACCCGGAAAGGAAGUGCCGCAAUUCGAAUACACCCUUCAAUCAGUGGCUUAUUUACACAACGUUACUGAGCUUAGCAGGGAUUUUCUAUGGGUUUCCUCUUUACUCCAUUCUUGCAUAGUUUAUUUCUUUCUGUGAUGGUGUAACUUUUGGUUUCCUUCUGAAUGACCAUCUGAGCGAGCAGCAGAAAGAAAGUGCUGUUUAGUGCAUUAGUUUCUUUAUGGUUACAUGAUGGAACCUUAGUAGAAGGACAUAAGAUGCUCUAAAGGGAAAAAUAAUAUGCCAUAAGACACUCAAAAGGGAAACAUAAUGCCUUGAAGGUAUUGCCUAAUUUAUUAUCAUCGCAGAACAAAUCCAAGAGUGCAGUGUUGAAGGAGAUUAUAUAGCUUAAGCAGUUCUUAAGGAUUUGUUAAAUCUUAACAUUUUGACUAUCUAUUAUCAUGAGCUUGUUAUGCCUAUAACUAUACGAUGUUAUUACCAGCAGUUGAAUUGCCAAUGAUUGUGUUCGAUGAUUUCAUGAAAGGUGUUGGCGAAUUCCAAUGCUAAAGUUCUUUUGUUUAAGUUUGUAAUGAUGCGACUUGAACUGUGAACUUUCCGGACAGGCUAUGCUGAAUCGUGUGGGCUAUACCCCAGAGAUUAGCCAUGGGGUGUUGGUUGAAACAGCUGAACAUAGAAAGGAGUUAGAGAAGAAAACAAAGCCCAUCCUAGAUACUUUGAGAAGCUACCAGGACUUGCCUCCGGAUAAAGCUUCUGCUGCUUUAGCAAUUGAGGAUAAGAAAUUGCAGUAUGCUGUUGCUGAGAAGUAUCUUGAGGGUCUACUGCAUUCGGCUCUCGCCACGUCUGAGUGAUGACCUGUAGAUGGAGCAACUGAGAUGUAUUCAUGGUUCCUGCAUUCUCUCCGUUCUCUAUUUUGUUACUGGACGUAUUGGUAAAGGGGCAAAUAUCCAUUCUCGAUCUGGUUGCUUUUCUGUAAAUUAGGUUCCCAUUAUAUUCUUUACUUUCUUCCCUCUGCAAGGGAACAAUUAAAAUCUAAAUUUUGUUCUAUUCGAAAAUCUCUAGUUUGUGUUGAAUUUAAAUUCUUCCUAUA